AUGAAAAAUAGCAUAAGUCGACCAAACAAGCCUACUCUACUCAGAUCACUUUGACAGUGGAUUCGAUAGAGCGUUGUAUAUUUUUUGGAAAACACGUGUUGAAGUUCAACCGGCCACUACUUUACCUGUAGUAUAAAUAGCAUUAUUGUCUUGAAGCAACAUUACUAUUUAGUGUUCGUACAUCUGUGCAGGAGGUACAUUAGUCAAAAAUGGCAGUGAAAAAUAAGGCUCAGAAAUCGAAAACGGAAAAAACAGCGGAAAAAAGGAAGGUUCCGUUGCCGGCACCCGAAAGCGAAGAAGAAGAUGAGGAUCUGGCGGAGGAAUCUGACGCUGACGAGGAGAUGAAUGAGGGAAGUGACCAACAGGUAGAUGAUAAUUCCGACGAGGAAGACGCAGCUGAACCGGAAGUCAAACCGGCAGCGAAACAAGAGGAAGACGUAGGUACUACCGUUUUCGUGGGCCAUAUAAAGUACGAUGCUACCAAGGAAGAACUGGCGGAAUUCUUCGCCAAGGCUGGGGAAGUGAAAGAUGUUCGAAUUAUAAAAAACCGUGGAUACGCUUUCAUCAAGUUUGCAGACCUCGCCGGUGUAGAGAAAGCUCUUAAAUUGGACAAUGAAAUGCUAGGCGGCAGAAAGGUUCAUGUUGAACAUGCCAAGCCGAAGAAAACCGAUGGCGAAAAGAAGAAAAAGAAACGCAAGGCAAAAAAGCAGGAGGACGAUGAUGAACCGAAAGCGAAACAAGCUAAAUUGUCCCCUGAAGCCGGUAAGACCGCUGGACCCAAGAAAGGAAAACCGAAACAGCAGCAGGCGAAAAAUCCCAAUAAGAAGAAAAACAAGACUAAGCCGGGUCAGUUUGUGAAGGCUAAAUAGAUUUGUAUAUGUAUAAAACUUCAAUAUUAGUUGUUAAGAGAAAUAAAGCUUCAUAAUUGUUUUUCAUUCCAAUGGAAUGAAUAUCUACAGUA